CCCUUCAAGCGACUCUCUCUCUGUAUGUAUGUAGCAGCAGCAGCAUAAUCAUACUCGUCCUGAGUCGCAUUAUUGUAUGUAGGUAUCUGCCCAAGGAAGGGAAAGUGUCUCUCGCAUUCAAGCUCUCUCGCCUCAGUAGUUCUCAGUAGCAGUCGCCAAAAACCCUACACUUGAGGGUUGCUAGCUGCGGCAGGUUGCCACACUCGAGGCCAGGACAUCACCGUGCCCGCCUGGCUUUGUACAGACUAAAGUGGAAGAGACUGUGGUGUAGCUCAGUGUGGCAGUGCCGCGUGUGGAGUGUUAUGCAGGGAAGCAUGGUUCCGUUGUCGUCGUUCGGUCGGUCGGUCGGUAUGGGGCGGUCUGGCUGACAUGACGGCUAGUGUGCCCCAGCAGUAGUGCGAAAGAGUGAGACCGAGCGAGAUCAGCAGCAGCAGCAGCAGUAGCAGUAGCAGCAAAGUUUCUGCAUGUUAAAUAAAAAGUUCAAAUAUCGAUUUUUCAGUGCCAUAUCCUGGAAUACACUUUUUUCGGUCGGCUUCCAGUGCGUUUUACAAGGCGAACCGUGGUGUUGAUUUCGGUUGAUUUGGGUUGUGCUGUGGCGAGACUUGGGACUGGACCGACCAGGAAGUGAACGGACCGAAAGCCAUUAGUCAAGUGGUCGGCAAAAAGUGGACUCAGCUGGCACAGCUGGCAAAAUUGAGGAAAAAUGUAACAGUGUCGUCGUCGUUGUCGUUAUGGAUUCUAGAAACCGGGACGAAGAAAGGGCACUUGGAAGUUGCUGUGGUGGCCGAUACGGGCCUCUCUAAGUGGAGGGUUCUAGUGUUCAAUGUGGUGGAAAGAUAACUCAGUGAAGGAUCUCUACAUUGCAAAGUGCUUUUCUGUACGUCAAAAGUUCACCGCUCGAUAAAAGAAAUAAGAAUUCCACUGCAUGGACACAAAUAUACCGGAUUAUCAACGGAAUAAAAUAAUUGGCAAGCCUACACACAUAUUCGGAGAAGUGAAUUCUUCUAUCAAUUAGUGCUUUUCACAACAAAAUAUGGUCAGUUCAACCAUCACGCUUGAUAAGAAAUCAUCGUCAUCAUCCUCAUCGGCAGCAGCAGCAUCGGCAACGGCACAGGCUUCCGCUGAGCAGAACAGCAACAGCAUUAUCUCAAUUCCGCUAAACGCUACCACCAGCACCAACGGCACGAACUGCAGCGAUUCAUCGGCGGCUUCUUCUUCAGCUUUAGGUCUAAGCGAGCAAAAGAUUUCCAUACUCUUUCCAAAAUGCAAACCAAGGAUAGCUGAGCAGCACUAUCAAGCGAACGCAUCAAGUGGCAUGCUGGGCGGAAACAAUAGUAUUAUUAAUAACAACAACAGUCAUAGCAACAGAAAUAGCAUGAGCACAAUUACGAGCAACAGCAAGUCGGACAUAACAGGCACAUCUUCGUCGUUAACCACGCCCACUUCGCUUACGUCUUCUUCCUACACUCUGAAUAGCACAUCAUACGGAAUGGAUAGCAGCGCGUAUCGUGGUAAUGGCGGGUCCGCAGCGGCGUAUGAUUUAUUAGGUAGCAGGCAAGAACUCAGUUCAAGAUUGAAUAAUAACCAAUAUGAGAGCGGUCGCUCCAGCAGCCGACAUACGAACUCGGUGGAUAAGUACAGCUUCUACUACAAUAGCCAACCUCCUCCACUGUCGACAUCUCCAACGGAGAACAAUGCUAACGCGGCAGGCAGCAGCAGUCACUUCCUUCCAUCAGAUGAUGAAGAUGAUGAGAACGAUCAGCGGAAGGAUAGCUACCCGCGACACACCUACUACACCAGUCGCCACCAGUCGCACUACUACAAUCUUCCAAAGCAGGACCCGGGGACUCCCAGCAGUAGCUCACGGUACCACUGGGACCUAUCGUCCAGCAGUGCUCUGUCCUAUUCCACACCCAUAUCGUCCACAGUGACGUCCACCAUCGGUGGCGGAAAGCGUCCUUCGAAUAAAUCAGCCUACACAAAGGUGCUGCAGUCCCCGCUGGAGGACGAAAGCGACAUCGAGGACAAGCUGAAGUAUUUCAACUACCAAAACGAGAUGCACAACAGCAGCAGCAGCAGUACGACUAAUGUGGUCAACAUGGCGGUCAGCAGCAGCAGCACCGCCCCGGAAAAGCCUAGUGGAAUUUAUAGCAAUUACAAGACUAACGAAAUGAUUGUCUUCAACGAUAUUGAUGAAGAGCGACGACGUGUUCAACAACAACAACAUCAGGCCCAUCGCCAGGAGAACGACCAUAAGCACACCAGCAAUGCCGGUGGUUUGCACGUGUCGUCAGUGGCUACCGUCGACGAUCUGGACGACGAUGGGAUUAGUCUGCAUUCGCGCCGUAACCAACCGCCACAACUGCUGCAGGAUGGUAACGGAGGAGCAGUAGCUGGCGGUUGUGGUGGUGGUUUUGGGGAUGGAGACAACGGCAGUAACGAGACCAGCAGCAGUGCGCACAAAACGGCCCCGGCAGCUACGACGGUGGCGUCCAAUUCAGGAUCGAAUAUUAUGGAAUACGAAGGAUCCCCCCGGCGGUUUGGAUUAAGUUUGAACGAGGACAGCUCGUCCUACUACAUGUCGUCCAACUACAAACUCAACCUGACUUCCCCAUCGCUACUGACACCGCCACGUCCAGGCUUCCCACAGCGAGUGAUACCACCCCAUCAGCAGCAACAGCAGCAGUCGACAAAUAAUAGUAACACCAGUGCUGCCACGACCCCCACUCCGAUCGGUACCGGCGCCCACCACCAUCCGUACCACCCGGUGACGCGGUCUCCCACGUUACUGGAGCAGGUCAGUUCGGGGCUGAACAGUUCGGUCACGUUCGAUGCCAACGCCUUGCUCAGCGAAUUCGACGCCAAGCGGGCUGCCGUCAGUGCCAGUACGAUAAGCAUCAACGGUAGCAGCACGCCGAAUUCGGCGGCGGUAGCUGCCAUGGAUUCCGCGCCACUGGAGGUGAACAAGCUCAACGUGAUACGACUGGACAGUGAUUACCGGAGUGAAGAUCUCGAGGAGAUUCCCACGAAACGUUCCACGCCGGAAAUUAAACCUACGCUGGGGCUGAUUUCCACGACGGCGGACGAUAAUCCAACGUUCGGUGCGGGUUCGUUCACGACGCCCAUCACUGCCUCGUCGACGUUCGACUAUCUGUACGAGUUUUCCGAAACGAGGAAGGUGUUGGAGGAGUUUUUCAAGUGCCCCACGACGGAGGAUGUGGAGAAGGCGUUCGAAAAGUUUAGCGACUACAACGAGAGCGGCGAUGAUGUCGAAAGUUUGGACAUCCAUUAUGAGUACCCGGCUGAGUUGGACGGCAAGGCACUGGAAACGACCUACAUCGGGUCCACUGUUGCCGCGGAGCAGCAGAAAACGAUGACCACUAGCUCCGGCGGCGGCGCCAGACAGCAGGACAUUAGCGCGGCAAUUGUGGUCCGCAAAUCGCCAAUCAAUAAUAAUGCCAGCGACGUCGAAGCGGACGGCGAUGACGACGACGUUGCCAAUGGUGAAGAGGACGGAGAGGAGGACGGCGGCGUGGAGGAUGACGAGGACGAUGAUGAUGACGCCGAAGGUGGCAAUAAUCUGAAGUAUAUGAUCAACGUCAAGAGUAAACCGAGAAUUAAAAACGGGUACACCAGCUUCCGGAAGAAGAAACAGGAAAAGAAACUCGCUGGAAUGGGAUCGAAUGCUCUUUCCGGGAUUGUUACCGUUAGUGGCGGAAAUGAUGACGAUAAUGACGGAGAGGAUGAGGAAGAAAUAGAUAUUUAUAGUGCGAAUCACCAUCAUCACCACAGUUACCACCUCCACCAGCAACAGCAACAACGACUACAGCAACAAACUCAGGAACACCAGCAACAGCAACAACAGCAUCAGAAUCUGAGCAAUGUACGGCAACACGUGAUACUGCAACAGCAACAGCACCAACAGCAACCGCAACAGUACCAGGAACAUGAAAGGCAUUUCAGCCUGUACUUGGAUCCCGGAAGCCGUGCCAGCAGCUGUGAUGUGAUUAACGAAAGUAAUCUCGACUCGACACAGUUCCUGACGAACGGAAACGGGAAAAAGCUCCGGAGCAAUGGAGGUGGUUCUGGCAAUGGUAAAAAGCCGCUGGCUCGGCGCCAAAGUAAAAACUUUAACUACUCCCCAGAUACGACCGAUUACGAGAGCAACUGCGGCGAUUAUGACAGUGAGAUUUCCCUCAAGUACGGCAGCGAGUACGGUGGCAUCAUGGUCAAUGGUGCUGCUGCUAGUGAAAUGAUGUGCGACGAUCUGAACAAUGGUGUCAUAAGCAGUGCGUCCACUACUGGCAUCAACUCUUCCACGAUGAUUGAUAACGGGGUGAACAAUGCCACUAGUGCGGCCGGGAGUGCAGGCAACUAUGCUCGCUACUACACCAGCAUGCCGGUCCUGGAGGAUGGCCUGUCGAGUGGUCACGUUUCCGAUACGGAAAACAAUAAUCCCGGCAUACUGCCAACACCGGAUUUGAUCAACAGCAGCCAUAAAUUGCAACAGGCUGCCAAUUCGUACAGUUUGCUAACGUCUCCUACGGGGGGCCACACGAUGAAACCGAUAAGCUCGUCGCCGGUGAUAGGAAACCAUAACAAUAAUCUGGACGGGCUGUACGGGAGCAACGGGUUCCGAAUGAACGGCACAGCUGGUGGGCUCAACUCGAGCACACUGCAGAACAACAAGAUUUUUAAGAAUAGAGAUCCUGAGCUGGAGUCCUUGUAUACUAUAAACACCAUCCAAUCGACACCUCCGCCACCAGCGCCGGCUCCACAUAGGAAAUCCUCUAUCGAUUGUGACGCACAGACUACGCUACAGCAGCUGCAGAAUCAACAGCAGGCCAGUUCGGAGGUCCAGGCAGCCCUGAAAGAUAUACGAACCUGUCUUCAACGUAACAAACCGCUCGCAUCUCCCACACACCCUCAAGCACCAUGCCCAUCGUCUCAACAGACGCAACAGCAGCCAACCCAUCAACAGUCAACCAUGAAAAAUUACGAAAAGCAUUCCAUGUUAGUGUCGGACAAGCUAGAGUCUCCGGUUCCGUCGAUUUCUCCAGUGUGGAUACCCCGCUCAAGGGAAAGCAAGUUGGUACCCUUAUCACCCACAAUGAUGAACAAUUCUUCGCCGGGACUGCUACUACCGACAACUCCUACGGCAGGCGACCGUACAGAGCGGUCGACCAACCUGUCCACGGAAAAGGACUCCCUGCUGCAUGGAAACAGCGCAAAGAUUACAAGUGCUCUUGAUGAUGAUGAAGAUCCGGACACGGACUUGGAGACUGAUAGAUUGCUAGGUCACCAGAGGCUGGAUGACCAGGGCUUCUACGACGAUAACAGCAAAAGUUGGACGGACCGCAAAACACGCUCUCUAUUGCACAAACUAUCCCCUAAGCAGCAGACUGGCCCCGUGGGUGCCAACGGCGGAACGUCGCUCUAUGGAAGCAAACCCAACAACCAGGGGUCCUUGCUACGACAGGGACUUUCGACGUUACUGUCGCCUGCCAGUGCGGUAACGGUUGCUCAACCGGCCAGCUCACUUCCGGAGAUUGUCACGUCCAGCAAGGCGUCACCGGGGCUGCUUAGCAGCACUGUACAGAAUAGUAUGAAUAACAACAGUAUAAAGAGUGGAAAUCUAAUCAGUCUGCAUUGUCCCAAUGAAAAUUGUCCGAGCUCACGGGCCGGAAGUCAUCAGCAGUCUCCAACCAAAAUCGAGAAUCAGGUCAUUGAAAGUGGCAGUCCUAACGGAUCGGAUGGCUCAAAGUCUGACAAAAAGAAAAGGAACAAAACCAAAGAAGUUUUGAUUGAAGGAGUUCUAUUUCGGUCGCGGUACCUCGGAUCCACCCAGCUGGUUUGUGAAGGUCAACCAACUAAAUCAACCCGCAUGAUGCAAGCGGAGGAAGCUGUAUCUCGAAUUAAGGCCUUGUCCCCGGAAGGAGAACCACAGCCCAGUACCGAAGUCGAUCUGUUCAUAUCGACCGAAAAGAUCAUGGUGCUGAACACGGACCUGAAGGAGAUCAUGAUGGACCAUGCACUGCGAACGAUUUCCUACAUCGCCGACAUUGGCGAUCUGGUGGUGCUGAUGGCCCGGAGACGAUUCGUGCCGCAGGACGUCGACUCGGGAGACUCGGGAGGAAGUGGCAAUGGUAACGGACCUUCAGCUAACCAAGCAAAUCCGUCGGGUUCUACUCCGCCGCAGAAAACCGCCGGUAAUCCCAAGGGCAACCGGACGCCCAAGAUGAUAUGCCACGUGUUCGAGAGCGACGAGGCUCAGUUUAUAGCGCAGUCCAUUGGGCAGGCAUUCCAGGUGGCCUACAUGGAGUUUUUGAAAGCGAACGGAAUUGAGGAUCACAGUUUCAUGAAGGAAAUGGACUACCAGGAGGUGCUCAACAGUCAGGAAAUUUUCGGCGACGAGUUGGAGAUCUUUGCCAAAAAGGAACUGCAAAAGGAGGUGGUGGUACCGAAGGCCAAAGGCGAGAUCCUGGGGGUGGUGAUCGUGGAGUCCGGCUGGGGUUCCAUGCUACCGACGGUGGUCAUUGCCAAUCUGGCGUCAGCCGGUGCAGCAGCUCGGUGUGGUCAGCUGAACAUCGGAGACCAAAUCAUUGCCAUCAAUGGGUUGAGCUUGGUCGGAUUACCGCUGUCCACAUGCCAAAGUUACAUCAAGAACACGAAGAAUCAAACGGUGGUCAAGUUUACUGUAGUUCCUUGCGCGCCGGUCGUGGAGGUGAAGAUCAAACGGCCAAAUACCAAGUACCAGCUGGGAUUCAGCGUCCAGAAUGGAGUGAUUUGUAGUUUGCUUCGCGGAGGAAUUGCUGAACGGGGAGGUGUCCGCGUCGGACACCGGAUCAUCGAAAUCAACAAUCAAAGUGUGGUGGCCGUUCCCCAUGAGAAAAUUGUAAAUCUUUUGGCUACAUCAGUUGGAGAGAUCCUAAUGAAAACGAUGCCAACGUCCAUGUUCCGUCUACUAACCGGCCAGGAGAAUCCGGUCUACAUUUAAGAAUUUCCGAAAUCAGGCUUCACAGUUUGUUCUAGCUUGAGUUAUCAUUUGUGCAACUAUACAUUACCCUCUCACUAAAGCUUUCACAGUACACACACCAAGAGUAACAAAACCAACCAAAACUUAGAACUCAACUACAUAUUUGACACUUCUGCAAAAAAGAACAUAUUUCAUCAUGAUUCAUCUUAUACCAUUAAAAAAAAUCCACAGUGAGAAUCUAUUUAGACAGAACCUGACAUGUAAGCUCUGUGCUUGAAGUAUUAAACGAAAAAUUCGAACCUAGUCAUGAUGAUGGAAUAAACAAGCAAGAGAAUAAUUGUAAUCGGAAUUUAUUCACGCCUUGGCCUUGCAGAUAUAAUUGAUAAAUAGUGAAAAACAGACAGACUCGAGCCACACUUAAACACAACAAGGAAGAAUCGCAUUUAUUCAUUGAAAUAUCAUUGCCGCUGGGCAGCAAAUGCAUCACAAAAGGAAAAAAAAAUAUAAAAGCAAACAGAACCAGUAAGUAAGAAUGCAAAACGGCAACAGAUGCAGCUUUUUGUAUUGAUAUCAGCAAAAAUAACAAAGUUAUUCGUGGACAUAAACUACACAUACUAAUAGGACACAUAUUUGGUGAAAGUCUUGCAACAAAAAGUAGGAAGAGGAAUGCUAACCAAAGAGAGGACGAUUAAAAAAACUAAAAUGCAAAUAUGCGAAAAGUCCAGCAUGAAAAAUAAAAUAUAUUUUUUGAAAUUGUUUAACACUAAGCUUAACAAUCAGCAAAAAAACAUCUGGCAUCAAAUUGGACAAAGGAAGCAAACGGAUAUAAUGUUAAAGAGAUUGAACGGACUUCGAAGAACUUGCAACAUUGUACUCUGGGUAAGCCGUGCAACCCGUUUGAGUUUCUUGUCCGACAAAAAGAACCCAUUGGUAGGAGUAUACUCCUAUAAACCUAUUGACAUGAACAAGGAGUAUUAAGAACGGACGAUUCUGAUUUAGAUAGAAAGCGUAAAAUUUGUUUCAAGAAGACUUUCCUGAAGUCUUCAUACGUGAACUUUUGAUCAUUGCAAUGUUUUGUUAAUCGUGGUUUACUUGUUGUACUAGCUGUCCUAAUAUAUCAUAUUAGGUUAAUAACUUGGAGCCUGAAGUUGUCUUUCAAUAUCACUGAUUUUUUUUUCUAUUUAAUCAAAUUUUACGAGCGUUAUGGCCCAUACACAAAUUUUAAAAUUGUUAUACAAAAAUGCGUUACGGAGGGGGUCGAAAAAUGUCGAGUUUAGCGUAACGUAAUCAAUGGACGCUACCUUAAUAUGCACGACCAGGAUGAGAACCUUUGUCGACCGAUUUACCUCAGUACCUUGUGCUACUCGUCCAAUGCGCUACUUGCGUGCUUAAGUCCGUAUAAAGCAUACUUAAGCCAACACACCUUACCGCCAGAGACUGCGUUACGUCCCGGUCGCUCUACGUAGAUUUUAUCGUUUCGCAAAUCUUGAAGAAACACUCUUACUUCAUCGAGCUCAUUGAUUUUCAGCCCAAGUCUAGCAAUAACUGCUAGGUAUAGGUUUCAGAGUUGCUAUCUUCACUAGGAAACUUUUUCGGCUUUCAGUCUUUGAAAAUAACAAAAACAAACCACCAGACGAAGAACAAAACUUUUCUAACCCUUGAGAAAGAUUGAAUAAACAAUCGAAACGUCGAGCGUAGAAAACAUGCUCUAGCUCUGACCGCUUCAAAGACUGAAAGCCGAAAAAGUUUCCUGGUACAAACUCCAAGCAGUCGAAAGCAUCCAAGUAAAACGCAGCUGUCUUCUUGGAUUUGCGAGUGCCUAGAUCUUCGUCUCAAAUCGCGCUUUGUAAUGUUCGAUUGUAACUAAUGGGGGUUUAACCCACAGCUACCGUUGGCUUGAGGAGAGAGUCACAGAAGGUGACCCGUCUCAACGGCUAAUACACUCUGUAUAGACCUCACAUCUCAAGGGUCGGCGCGCUUAUGCUUGCUCUUUCGUGGAUUCAGGAAAACACUUGGAUUACCUUUUCCACACUCCUGUAUACUUGAUAUUUGUGUACAUUCUUUCUAUCUUUCCCUAGCUCUCUACCUUCACUCUACUUCCACCCACUUUCUUAAGUUAGUCUGUCCUUCUUUCUUCGGUUCCCCUUUCUCCUGCUGCCAACAUCCAUCGAUCCUUUUCUUCCUCGUCCAUCUCCUUUUCGUUCCACGAUUCAAAUGCGACCUUUGCCGCCUAAAUGAACCGGGAGUUCCUCGGCUUCCGGAGAAUGAGCCUCCUUUAUGUCUUCGGCCGGGUGAAACGGAUGGCCGGAACUUCACCUGGGAUGGUUACCCAAUUUGGGGUUCGCCUUGGUGUUGAGGGUUAGCCUUAGACCUCGGAUUUGAGGCAACCAGGGUUUACAUGUUAGCUAUGUCCACAAAAUACAACUCUCGCUUCCGCACCUUUUUUAUGGUGGGGACUAAGUACCUGGGCAAAUGGCCGAUCUUAGGUUCACAAUCAAACAAGGAUCUACAUUUCAGCUAUGGCCUCUACUCACUACCAUUUGUUACCACCCCGAUGGUCACAUGCAGUGCAGAGUCAUCUGGUGGACAAUAUUGCGGGAUGAUGGUAGCUGACACAACUAGCCAAUGAGGCAUGCCGUAUGAAGCUUGAGAUCCUAGGACUGAGCGAAGUCCGUUGGCCGAACUUUGGAGAACACAGAAUAGCAUCGGGUCAAAUUCUGCUAUACUCUGGUCUACGAGGUGAACACGCUCCUCGCCACCGUGGAGUUGGUUUCCUGCUCAGCGCUCACGCCCACGCAGUGCUCAUGAAGUGGGAACCUAUUAAUGAGAGGAUAAUUGUAGCCAGAUUCAGAACACGGGUUCGAAACCUCAACAUGAUCCAAUGUUACGCGCCAACCGAUGCUGCCGAGUUGCAAGCUGAGAACUUUUACAGUCAACUGAAUGCUGUCGUGGACAAGAUUCCGAAAGGUGCUAUCAAGAUCCUCAUGGGCGACUUCAGCGCGAAAGUUGGUUCCGACAACUCGGACUAUGAGCACGUCAUGGGACGCCAUGGUUCCGGAGAAAUGAGCGAAAACGGAGAGCUGUUUGCAGAGUUUUGAGGCAACAAUGACAUGGUGAUUGGGGGAUCGCUCUUUCCUCAUCGACCAGUGCACAAAGUGACAUGGGUUUCCGUGAUGGCGUCACGGAAAAUCAAAUCGACCACAUCUGCAUCAGCCGGAAAUGGAGACGGAGCCUCUUCAUGUGCGGAACAAACGACACACUCCGACUGGAAGACGCUGCGGUAAAAAGGUCCUUCGUCGAGGAUCUACAGAACCGUGUUGCGGAUAUUCCAGCAGGUGGAAGCGUAGAAGAUCAAUAGACAUUGGCGUAACUAGGAUUUUUUCCUGGAGGGGGCCCAGGGGGGGCCUGACCUGAGAUGAAUUAUAAGCGGGAUGGGCGCCCGAUAUGUGAAUAUGCAAAUCAGUAUUGUAGUUUUGAGUAAUCAAAAUGACUGUUUCAGAUUUGUUCAUAGUUUUGUAAACUAUAUGAGUACGAACAAUUCCUCCAAGAUUUUUUUCCAUAGCUUAAUUCAGUGAUUCCAUCUUGGCUUCUUCCAGAAAUUCAAUCAAGAAUUCAUCUAGGGAUUCCACUAGACAUUUUUUCGGGGAUUUGUCCUGGGAUAUCUUUAGAGGUUCCUCCAGUAAUUGUUCCAGUGCUUUUUUCGAAGUUUCCUUCAGGAAUUUCUCCAGAGAUCCAUUAAGGUAUUUCUACAGGGAUAUCUCCAUAUAUGCCUUCCAAAAUUCCACUAGAGAUUGCUCCAAUAAUUACAUCUGGAAUGAUUCGAAGUAUUUCUGCAGGAACAUAUUCCAGAAAUUCUUUUAGAAAAUUUUACUUUGAGAUUCUUAAAAAACACUCCAAGAAUUGCUUGAAAAAUUUGUACAAAAAACCUUUAGGGAUCCUAGUUUUUUUUUAUGUGUAUUAACGAGAUUUUUAGCCCUAGGCUAGUUCAUCUCGGGACCCACGCUUUACUUCCCUUCCGAAGGAAGAACUCACAUUUUGCGAGUUUGUCGGGAGUGGGAUUCGAUCCCAGGUCCUCGGCGUGAUAAUCAAGUGUUCUAACCAUCCCACCAGGUCCGCUCCACUAGGGAGUCUAGUAUUCCUUCAACAAAUACUGCAUACAUUGAUUUCUUUAUUUUUUUAUCCAGGAAUAUUCCUACAAAAAUUCUUCCAGGUAUUCGCUAAGAAAGCUCUCCUGAGAUUCCAUAAAGAGUUCCUAAUGGGACUUGCUUCCGGGAUUCCUCAUCGGGUUUCUUCAGAAAUUACUACAAGAGUUCCUCCAGGGCUUCACCGGAAAUUUCUUCUGUUAUUCUUACAAAAACGAAUUCCGAGAUUAUUUUAAACAUUUUUAAGACUAACUCUUAUUGGGAUUCCUUCAGAAACUCCCGCAGGAAUUAAUCCAGGAUUUCAGGAUUUCCUCAGGAGUUUCAGUGGUUUCUUCAGUAUUUCCCCUGAGAAUUCUUCAGAAAAUACUCCUGGAAUUCCCUCAGAAAUCGAACUUUGUAUUUCAUCAGGAAUGAAUCUUGAGAUUCCUCCGGGAACUCCUUCGGAAAUUCCUCCCGGAUUUUUUCAAGAAUUAUUCCAGAUAUUCCUCCUGGCAUGCCUCUAGGAUUUCAUGCAGGCAUUUCUCCAGAGACAAGAGUUCUACCAAGAAUUUCUCCAGGUAUUACCCCAGGUAUUUCCUCAGGAAUUACUCCAGGAGUUUAUUCAAGUUUGGAACUCCACCAGAAAUUCCUUUCUGAAUUCCUCUAAAAAUUUCUACUGGAAUUCCUUCAGAAAUUUCUCCAUGGAUUCCUUCCAGAAUUACUCUAGAGAUUCUUGCAGGAAUUCAUUCAGGGAUUCUCAAGAUAUUCAUUUAGGGAUUUCUCCUGCAGUUCUUCCAUGAAUAGUUCCACGGAUUUUCCCCAAGAUUUCCUAUAGAGAAAUUUCUUUUGGAAUUUCUUCAGAAAUUCCUCCAUUAACUGCUUCAAGAAUUUCUCUCGAGAUUCUUCCCGAAAUUCAUUCAAGAAUUCUUCCAGGGAUAGUUCCAAGGAAUUUCCACAAAAAUUCCUUUACAGAUUAAUCCAGGAAUUCUUCCUGGGAUUCCUCAAAGAAUUUAUCCAGAACUUCCUGCAGGAAUUUGUCCAGAACUUUCCAGGCAUUCCUCCUGAGGUUUCUUCAGAAAUUGCUUCAGGGAUUCCUCCAGGGAUUUUCCAAAGAAUUUUCCCAGGGAUUCUUUCAAGAAUUUCUCUAGAAAUUUCUCUAAGGAUUCCUCUAGGAAUUUUUCAAGAGGUUUCUUCAGAAAUUUCUCCUGGGAGUUUCUCCAGCAAUUCAUCUAGAGAUUGCUUCGGGAGUUCUUCUAAAAACUCCAAACUCCACUAGAUUGCUCCCAGAAUUCUUCUGAAAACUCCACCAGGAACUCAUCUAGAAAUGUAUCCAGAGAUUUCAGGAAUUUCUCCAGGGAUUUUUUAAGGAAAUUCCCAGGGUAUCCUCCAGGGAUUUCUUAAGGAAUUUCUCGAGAGAUUCCUCCAGGAAUUGAUACAGGCAUGACUCCAGGAAUUUAUCCAGGGGUUACUCCAGGCAUUCCUCCAGAAGUUCCUCCAGAGAUUUCUAUAGGGAUUCCUCCAGGCAUUAAUCCAGGAUCCCUUCAGAAAUUACUACCGCAAUUUCUCCAAGAAUUUAUCUAGAAAAUCCUCCAGGGAUUCAUUUAGAAAUUACCCCAAGAAUUCCUCCCGGAGUUUAUCCAAGAAAUAUUCCAAUAAUUCUUCCUGGGAUUCCUGAAUGAUUUCCUCCUGAGAUAUCUCUAGGAAUUCCUUCAAAUAUUUUUUCAUGAAUCCUCCAGGAAAUCCUCAAGGGAUUCUUUUAACAAUUUCCCCUCAAAUUCUUUCUGGAAUUUAUUCAAAAAUUAUUCCAGGUAUUCCUCCUGGCAUUCUUCCAGGAUUUCAUCCAGGCAUUUCUCCAGGGACUCCUCCAGGAGUUCUACCACGAAUUUCACCAAAAAUUACCCCAGGUAUUUCUUCAGGAAUACUUUCGGUAACUUAUUCAGGAAUGGAUCCAGGAAUUCCUCCAGGAAUUUCUUCGGAAAUUCCUACAGCAAUUCCUUCAGGAAUUGUUCCAGGAAUUCCUCCAGAAAUCCUUCCAGGGUUUCCCCCAAGAAUUAAUCCAGGAAUUUCUUCUCCGAGGUUUCCUCUACAUAUUCCUCCAGGAAUUAUUUCAUGGAUUUUUCCAGAAAUUCCUCCGAUGAUUUCUCCAGUAAUUCUUCCAGAAAUUCCUUCUGAAAUUGCUCCUGUAAGUCCUCCAGAAAUUCCUCUGGAAAUUUCUCCUGGAACACCAUUAGAAAUUCCUCUCAAAAUUCCUCUAGGAAUUUCUCUGGGAAUUUCUUUAGGAAUUUCUCUAUGAAUAUAUUCAGAAAUUUCUCCAUGGCUUCCUUCCAGAAUUCCUCUAGAGAUUCUUCCAGGAAUUCAUUGAAGGAUUCCUCAAAGAAUUGAUUAAGGGAUUCUUCCUGGAAUUCAUCCAUGAAUAGUUCCAUGGAAUUUCUCCAAGAUUUCUGUUGGAUCACAGCAAUCAAUGGAUUUACACGUCAACUGAAUAAUACCCUAAAUACGAAUUUAUCAUCAUAGCAGCCUUUGCUCCACUAUAUAAGCAGAGGAAUCUGCACUGGUUGAUUCAUUCUAAGUUUGGCUUCCAAUAAAGCAACUACUACUUAAGAACUACAAGAAAAGCAUUUUCAUUCCGGAAGUUACCGGACAUAUCAAUUUGGCGACGAGAUUUCAAGAACCCGAAGCAAUGGCAGACCUUCAGCAAGCAAUACUCCAGAUGGCGGAACUCCUACAGAAGCUGGCGCAACCAACACCCAGUAACCCGGAGCAAACCCUAGAAGCCUUGGCUACGAACAUCAGUGAGUUUUCUUUCGAUCCGGAAAAUGGAAUUACUUUUGACAAGUGGUACAGCCGGUACGUGGACCUCUUUGAUUCGGAUGCCAAGAAUCUGGAAGAUGCCGCCAAGGUACGAUUGCUGCUAAGGAAGUUGGAUACACCCUCGCACACCCGAUACGUCAACUACAUUCUGCCGAAGCUUCCCAAGCAUGUCAAUUUUGCGGACACCGUCGAAAUCCUCAAGAAAAUUUUUGGAGCUCAAACCUCAACAUUCAACAAGCGUUUCCACUGCCUGCAGCUUGUCAAGUCAGAAGCCGAAGACAUUAUCAGCUACGGAGGCAAGGUGAAUCGUGCAUGUGAGGAUUUCGAUUUCAAAAACAUGAAAAUUGACCAAUUCAAGUGUUUGGUGUUUGUCUGUGGUCUGAAAGGUCAUAGUUACACCGACAUUCGAACCAGGCUACUUUCCCGGAUCGAAGGCGAGACACCAGAAAAUCCCGUUACUCUCCAGAACCUCAUUGACGACUAUCAACGGCUCAUCAAUUUGAAGGCGGACACAUCCAUCAUCGAGCAUCAAUCAAGUUCGAAAUCAUCAGUGCACGCCGUCCAGGAGAAGAAGGGAAAUUCACGUCAACAGCAGUCUUCGAAGCCGGAAGGUAAAGUUCCUCGUACACCUUGCUGGCAAUGCGGCCAAAUGCACUAUGUUCGGGAUUGUCCUUUCUCGGAUCAUCAGUGCAAACAGUGCAAUCGUGUUGGCCACAAGGAAGGCUACUGUGGCUGCCUGUCCAAGCCGAAGUCAGUUCCAGCCAAGGAGAAACAACCAAUGAACGCACUUUCUUGCAAGUAUAUCGCUCAACGCCCACCAAUGACCUGGAAGGUAGAUCUCCGGCGGAAAUCAUGUUCGGCAGACCUAUUCGUACCAUACAAUCCAUGCUCAGACCGAGUGAACGUGGAACCGAAUCCAGGGACAGGAAAAAGCAAAACGACGCCUUCAAUAAGAAGCACGGUGCAGUCCAGAGGAAUUUCCAGCAUGGCGAUUCCGUGUAUGCCAAGGUUCAUUCAACGAAUUCCUGGAGAUGGGAACCAGCAACCGUAAUUGAGAAAAUCGGGAACGUUAACUACAAUGUGUUCCUGAACGAUCAACAACGUUUAAUACGGUCCCACACCAAUCAACUCAAGAGUCGUGUUCCAGACAAGAGUCCAAAGAAGCAACCAUCUGCACUUUCCAUAUUCUUCGAUGGAUUCGGAUUAACGGUCCCGACAGAAGCUCCAGCGGAUGUCGCACCUCAAGUUCAACCUGCAAUUCAACCGCUUGAUGACCCACCUCUCAAUAAUCUGGAAGAUUCUAUCUUGACGGAUGAUAUGUCGGAUGGAGAAGCUGCUGGAACCGAUGAAACCGAGGAUGAACCGACUCCGACUCCGAAUGCAAUUGAUGAACCACAACCAGCCCAACCUGUGACUCCAAUCCUAGAAAGAAGACGACGCAUGAUUCAACUACCAGCCCGGUUCAAGCCCUAUUGGAUGACGAAACCUUAAGGGGGGAAAUGUUGGAUCACAGCAAUCAAUGGAUUUACACGUCAACUGAAUAAUACCCUAAAUACGAAUUUAUCAUCAUAGCAGCCUUUGCUCCACUAUAUAAGCAGAGGAAUCUGCACUGGUUGAUUCAUUCUAAGUUUGGCUUCCAAUAAAGCAACUACUACUUAAGAACUACAAGAAAAGCAUUUUCAUUCCGGAAGUUACCGGACAUAUCAAUUUCCUAUAAAUAUUUGUCCAGAAAUUCCUCCUGAAAUUCCACCUGGAACUUGUCCGGAAGUUUCUCCAGGAAUCCCUCCUAAGGUUCCUCCAGAAAUUUGUUUCAGGGAUUUCUCCAGGGUUCUUUCAAGAAUUUUUGUAGAAAUUUCUCUAAGAAAUUUUGCGGGAAUUCCUUAUGAGGUUUCUUCAGAAAUACUCCAGGAAUUCCUUCAGAAAGUCCUUCAGGAAUUCAUAUAGGAAUUCUUUCAGGAAUUCCUCUGGGAAUUCCUCAGAAAUUACUACCGCAGUGUCUCCAAGGGCUCCUCAAGAAAUUCCACCAAGAUUUACCGUAGGUAUUUCUACAGGAAUUUUUUCAGAAAUUGAUCCAGGAAUCUCUCCAGGAUUUUUUUCGGAAAUUCCUACAGCAUUCCGCCAGGAAUUUCUGCAAGAAGUCCUUUAGAGAUUGCUUCCGAUAUUCUUUCAGGAGAUUCUUCAGGAAAUUCUAUAGGAAUUUUUCCAAGGGAUUCCUCCGGAAAUUCUUUCAGGUUUCCUCUAGGAAUAAAUCCAUGAAUUUCAACUCCAGGGAUUCCUCUAGAAAUCCGUCCAGGAGUUUUCACGGAUUCUUCUAGAAAUUCCACCAAGAAUUCCUCCAAGAAUAUACCAAAAAUUCCUGCAGGGAUUCCUCUAAGGAUUCUUCCGUGAGAUUCCUCCAAGAAUUCCUCCUGGAAUUCCUCCGGAAAUUCCUCUGGGAAUUCUUCUAGAAAUUUAUCUUGGGAUUUCAUCAGAUAUUUCUCUAAUGCUCCAGGCAUUAUUCCAGGAACUUCUCCAGGGAUGCCUCCUUCAGAAAUUUAUCCAUUAAUUUUGGAGCCAAGGGCUGAAAGUCUCUUUAAAAAAGACAAAUCAAUCAAUCAAUCCAUUAACUUUUCCAGGGAAUCCGACAGGAAUUUGUCCAAAAAAUUUUCUAGGAUUUCCUCCAGAAAUCCAUCUUGGAAUUGCUGAGAAAAUUUGCUUAUGAUAUCACAAAAAAAUGUGCCUAUGAUGCUUCGUUCUAUGAUUUUUCAAAGUAGGUGGUGUCUUUGGAAAAUGUUUGAUUUUCACUGGAGUUUUCCGGAAAAUUAGGCGACCCUGAUUUUUUUCAAUUUUGUUUUUCAAAUAUAUAUGUUCCCUACCUAAUUUCAUUAACCUUCAGAAACUUCAUACCAAUUUCUGCUAUUCUGCUAUUAUCAACGCAUCCCCUGGCUUUCGCCCAUCUGCGUUGUCUUUUCACUAGGCAAUACGUCUACCAAUUGAUGUUUAUCGGCUUGCCGGACCAAGUCAUGUAGCUAAGCCAAACACCCCAACUACAACUGUUGGGUAGGUACCAUUGUCCCGCCCACUGGUCUUUUACAGCUAGUUGUAGGUGCAUGUGUGCGUGUAAGUAUUGGAGUGUGUGUGUCAGUGUUGGUGUAUUGUAGGCGCCAACUCGUUCUAAUCCACUCUGAUAGCUAACACCCUAUUGAACCAUUACCCUUAAAUUUGGCAAUCUAUGAAAUAGAAUGAGUUAAACGCCUGUAAAAAACAGUCAGUUAAAUCAAACAAGGAAUAUUAGUAUUAAAGCGAAGAUACAACGAAGCAACGCCCCGAACCUCGAGAGCACAAACCCCAAGAACCAAAUGACAGGCAGCGCCGAUAAGUCGAUCGACUGGCCACCAUCAGUGAAUAACCAAUCGAGUAAACCCCCCAGCACAAACUGCCACCAGCUCUCCCGACCUGCGCCCAACAAAUCCGAGGCACAGCCCAGCCUUAGCUUCACCUUAAAACCAAAAUCUAGAUUACAGAGCACAAUACUUCCCAAGUAACCACGCAGCUCGAGCCGCAAAUCACGCACAACACGACACAAAUAAGACAAACACUACCACGCCCGUACAACCGAAACCGACCUAGAGUAGAGAAGGGUCUCUUUCCACUCCAACCCGGACUCAACUGCACCCACAGGGCAGCGCACCUCACCCACACCGCACUCAUUCAUGCAUCACUGUCCGAGCCGCACGGUCACCUGGGUUGAGUCUAUCUGCAUGACCUCGCGCAACCCGUAACGCAGAGUUUAAAUCCCUCUCUUGCAUUACAAAGUACUCCCUCUUCCCAAAAAUCUGUGCGUGGUAUAAAUGGGAUCUUAAGGCUGAAGAAAUCGUCACCAAUACAACCGCCAACACUGAGCACUCAAUGAUGUCGGCCUUAUCAACGACGACCCCCUCAGUCCCAAACCCAAUUAUCCCACACUACCCAAGUAACCACCCUGCUGAAGCCGUAAGCAUCGCACGCACAAAGCACACACACACCGACACGCACCACCCCACACAAACCACCAAGGCCGAACAAAAGCGGAAAGCGGUGCCACCACUGCUGAAUCACGACUUUUUCAGUAUAAUUCAGCAAUCGUAGAUCCAUUCCUCGACCCUACUCAGCCCUAACGGUCCAUAGCAAUGCCUGUCAAUAUAUGCGCCUCACACAUGCAACCCCUACACCCUAACAGUAUGGUCACUUGGGUAUCCCUGGGUUUUGACAUGAUGGUCAGGGAUCACAGCCAUCAAAACGUUCCACACUUUAUCAGGGCUUACGACCUGUAGACAUGAUGAUUUCUCAAUAGUUUCAAGCUCUUUCGGACCUUCCGCUAUUGGAGACCAUCAUGGCUAGCGGUGUUAUUAACCUUCAGAAACUUCAUACCAAUUUGUACGAUAAUAAAAAAAAAUCCCCUAAUGCUCCAGACAUUAGUCCAGGAGCUUUUCCAGAGAUUCCGCAUGGAAUUUUUCCAGAAGGUUCUCCCGGAUAUCCUCCAGAAAUACAUCUAGGAACUCCUUCUGUGAUUUCUUGAAGAAUUCCUCUAAGGAUUCCUCCAGGAGUGCAUCCAGAAAUUCCUCCAAGGAUUCAUCUAAAAAAAUUUCUAGUAAUUUCUACAGGGAUUUCUAAUGCGGAUUCUUCAGAUUUUUUUUUCCUGAAAUUCCUAGCAUAUUUGCUUUUCGGAUUCCUCCAGGUAUACUUUCACAAAUUACUCCAGGGAUUCCUGCAGGUAUUGCUCCGAGAAUUCUUAUAAUGAUUUCUUCCGAAAUUUCUCUCGAAAUUUUUGGAGCUCAAACCUCAACAUUCAACAAGCGUUUCCACUGCCUGCAGCUUGUCAAGUCAGAAGCCGAAGACAUUAUCAGCUACGGAGGCAAGGUGAAUCGUGCAUGUGAGGAUUUCGAUUUCAAAAACAUGAAAAUUGACCAAUUCAAGUGUUUGGUGUUUGUCUGUGGUCUGAAAGGUCAUAGUUACACCGACAUUCGAACCAGGCUACUUUCCCGGAUCGAAGGCGAGACACCAGAAAAUCCCGUUACUCUCCAGAACCUCAUUGACGACUAUCAACGGCUCAUCAAUUUGAAGGCGGACACAUCCAUCAUCGAGCAUCAAUCAAGUUCGAAAUCAUCAGUGCACGCCGUCCAGGAGAAGAAGGGAAAUUCACGUCAACAGCAGUCUUCGAAGCCGGAAGGUAAAGUUCCUCGUACACCUUGCUGGCAAUGCGGCCAAAUGCACUAUGUUCGGGAUUGUCCUUUCUCGGAUCAUCAGUGCAAACAGUGCAAUCGUGUUGGCCACAAGGAAGGCUACUGUGGCUGCCUGUCCAAGCCGAAGUCAGUUCCAGCCAAGGAGAAACAACCAAUGAACGCACUUUCUUGCAAGUAUAUCGCUCAACGCCCACCAAUGACCUGGAAGGUAGAUCUCCGGCGGAAAUCAUGUUCGGCAGACCUAUUCGUACCAUACAAUCCAUGCUCAGACCGAGUGAACGUGGAACCGAAUCCAGGGACAGGAAAAAGCAAAACGACGCCUUCAAUAAGAAGCACGGUGCAGUCCAGAGGAAUUUCCAGCAUGGCGAUUCCGUGUAUGCCAAGGUUCAUUCAACGAAUUCCUGGAGAUGGGAACCAGCAACCGUAAUUGAGAAAAUCGGGAACGUUAACUACAAUGUGUUCCUGAACGAUCAACAACGUUUAAUACGGUCCCACACCAAUCAACUCAAGAGUCGUGUUCCAGACAAGAGUCCAAAGAAGCAACCAUCUGCACUUUCCAUAUUCUUCGAUGGAUUCGGAUUAACGGUCCCGACAGAAGCUCCAGCGGAUGUCGCACCUCAAGUUCAACCUGCAAUUCAACCGCUUGAUGACCCACCUCUCAAUAAUCUGGAAGAUUCUAUCUUGACGGAUGAUAUGUCGGAUGGAGAAGCUGCUGGAACCGAUGAAACCGAGGAUGAACCGACUCCGACUCCGAAUGCAAUUGAUGAACCACAACCAGCCCAACCUGUGACUCCAAUCCUAGAAAGAAGACGACGCAUGAUUCAACUACCAGCCCGGUUCAAGCCCUAUUGGAUGACGAAACCUUAAGGGGGGAAAUGUUGGAUCACAGCAAUCAAUGGAUUUACACGUCAACUGAAUAAUACCCUAAAUACGAAUUUAUCAUCAUAGCAGCCUUUGCUCCACUAUAUAAGCAGAGGAAUCUGCACUGGUUGAUUCAUUCUAAGUUUGGCUUCCAAUAAAGCAACUACUACUUAAGAACUACAAGAAAAGCAUUUUCAUUCCGGAAGUUACCGGACAUAUCAAUUUCCUAUAAAUAUUUGUCCAGAAAUUCCUCCUGAAAUUCCACCUGGAACUUGUCCGGAAGUUUCUCCAGGAAUCCCUCCUAAGGUUCCUCCAGAAAUUUGUUUCAGGGAUUUCUCCAGGGUUCUUUCAAGAAUUUUUGUAGAAAUUUCUCUAAGAAAUUUUGCGGGAAUUCCUUAUGAGGUUUCUUCAGAAAUACUCCAGGAAUUCCUUCAGAAAGUCCUUCAGGAAUUCAUAUAGGAAUUCUUUCAGGAAUUCCUCUGGGAAUUCCUCAGAAAUUACUACCGCAGUGUCUCCAAGGGCUCCUCAAGAAAUUCCACCAAGAUUUACCGUAGGUAUUUCUACAGGAAUUUUUUCAGAAAUUGAUCCAGGAAUCUCUCCAGGAUUUUUUUCGGAAAUUCCUACAGCAUUCCGCCAGGAAUUUCUGCAAGAAGUCCUUUAGAGAUUGCUUCCGAUAUUCUUUCAGGAGAUUCUUCAGGAAAUUCUAUAGGAAUUUUUCCAAGGGAUUCCUCCGGAAAUUCUUUCAGGUUUCCUCUAGGAAUAAAUCCAUGAAUUUCAACUCCAGGGAUUCCUCUAGAAAUCCGUCCAGGAGUUUUCACGGAUUCUUCUAGAAAUUCCACCAAGAAUUCCUCCAAGAAUAUACCAAAAAUUCCUGCAGGGAUUCCUCUAAGGAUUCUUCCGUGAGAUUCCUCCAAGAAUUCCUCCUGGAAUUCCUCCGGAAAUUCCUCUGGGAAUUCUUCUAGAAAUUUAUCUUGGGAUUUCAUCAGAUAUUUCUCUAAUGCUCCAGGCAUUAUUCCAGGAACUUCUCCAGGGAUGCCUCCUUCAGAAAUUUAUCCAUUAAUUUUGGAGCCAAGGGCUGAAAGUCUCUUUAAAAAAGACAAAUCAAUCAAUCAAUCCAUUAACUUUUCCAGGGAAUCCGACAGGAAUUUGUCCAAAAAAUUUUCUAGGAUUUCCUCCAGAAAUCCAUCUUGGAAUUGCUGAGAAAAUUUGCUUAUGAUAUCACAAAAAAAUGUGCCUAUGAUGCUUCGUUCUAUGAUUUUUCAAAGUAGGUGGUGUCUUUGGAAAAUGUUUGAUUUUCACUGGAGUUUUCCGGAAAAUUAGGCGACCCUGAUUUUUUUCAAUUUUGUUUUUCAAAUAUAUAUGUUCCCUACCUAAUUUCAUUAACCUUCAGAAACUUCAUACCAAUUUCUGCUAUUCUGCUAUUAUCAACGCAUCCCCUGGCUUUCGCCCAUCUGCGUUGUCUUUUCACUAGGCAAUACGUCUACCAAUUGAUGUUUAUCGGCUUGCCGGACCAAGUCAUGUAGCUAAGCCAAACACCCCAACUACAACUGUUGGGUAGGUACCAUUGUCCCGCCCACUGGUCUUUUACAGCUAGUUGUAGGUGCAUGUGUGCGUGUAAGUAUUGGAGUGUGUGUGUCAGUGUUGGUGUAUUGUAGGCGCCAACUCGUUCUAAUCCACUCUGAUAGCUAACACCCUAUUGAACCAUUACCCUUAAAUUUGGCAAUCUAUGAAAUAGAAUGAGUUAAACGCCUGUAAAAAACAGUCAGUUAAAUCAAACAAGGAAUAUUAGUAUUAAAGCGAAGAUACAACGAAGCAACGCCCCGAACCUCGAGAGCACAAACCCCAAGAACCAAAUGACAGGCAGCGCCGAUAAGUCGAUCGACUGGCCACCAUCAGUGAAUAACCAAUCGAGUAAACCCCCCAGCACAAACUGCCACCAGCUCUCCCGACCUGCGCCCAACAAAUCCGAGGCACAGCCCAGCCUUAGCUUCACCUUAAAACCAAAAUCUAGAUUACAGAGCACAAUACUUCCCAAGUAACCACGCAGCUCGAGCCGCAAAUCACGCACAACACGACACAAAUAAGACAAACACUACCACGCCCGUACAACCGAAACCGACCUAGAGUAGAGAAGGGUCUCUUUCCACUCCAACCCGGACUCAACUGCACCCACAGGGCAGCGCACCUCACCCACACCGCACUCAUUCAUGCAUCACUGUCCGAGCCGCACGGUCACCUGGGUUGAGUCUAUCUGCAUGACCUCGCGCAACCCGUAACGCAGAGUUUAAAUCCCUCUCUUGCAUUACAAAGUACUCCCUCUUCCCAAAAAUCUGUGCGUGGUAUAAAUGGGAUCUUAAGGCUGAAGAAAUCGUCACCAAUACAACCGCCAACACUGAGCACUCAAUGAUGUCGGCCUUAUCAACGACGACCCCCUCAGUCCCAAACCCAAUUAUCCCACACUACCCAAGUAACCACCCUGCUGAAGCCGUAAGCAUCGCACGCACAAAGCACACACACACCGACACGCACCACCCCACACAAACCACCAAGGCCGAACAAAAGCGGAAAGCGGUGCCACCACUGCUGAAUCACGACUUUUUCAGUAUAAUUCAGCAAUCGUAGAUCCAUUCCUCGACCCUACUCAGCCCUAACGGUCCAUAGCAAUGCCUGUCAAUAUAUGCGCCUCACACAUGCAACCCCUACACCCUAACAGUAUGGUCACUUGGGUAUCCCUGGGUUUUGACAUGAUGGUCAGGGAUCACAGCCAUCAAAACGUUCCACACUUUAUCAGGGCUUACGACCUGUAGACAUGAUGAUUUCUCAAUAGUUUCAAGCUCUUUCGGACCUUCCGCUAUUGGAGACCAUCAUGGCUAGCGGUGUUAUUAACCUUCAGAAACUUCAUACCAAUUUGUACGAUAAUAAAAAAAAAUCCCCUAAUGCUCCAGACAUUAGUCCAGGAGCUUUUCCAGAGAUUCCGCAUGGAAUUUUUCCAGAAGGUUCUCCCGGAUAUCCUCCAGAAAUACAUCUAGGAACUCCUUCUGUGAUUUCUUGAAGAAUUCCUCUAAGGAUUCCUCCAGGAGUGCAUCCAGAAAUUCCUCCAAGGAUUCAUCUAAAAAAAUUUCUAGUAAUUUCUACAGGGAUUUCUAAUGCGGAUUCUUCAGAUUUUUUUUUCCUGAAAUUCCUAGCAUAUUUGCUUUUCGGAUUCCUCCAGGUAUACUUUCACAAAUUACUCCAGGGAUUCCUGCAGGUAUUGCUCCGAGAAUUCUUAUAAUGAUUUCUUCCGAAAUUUCUCUCGGUAUUUUUUUUAAAAUUUAUUCAGCGGUUAGUUAAAAAAUUACAGUAUUCCGUUCAUAAUGUUUUUCAGGGAUUCACCCCAGGUUUUUUUUUUAGGAUUACUUGUAGAUUUUUUGAAUAAUUUGAAGGAUUUCUAGAGGAAUUACUCCAGCGAUUUGUAUUGAAAUUCUUUUAGAUAAUUUUAGAGGGGCAUAGAAGCCAAGAAAUUCUCCAGGAAAUCAUCCAGGAAUUCUUUCACAAUUAUCUCAUGAAUACCAAGUCUUUUACAAGUCCAAUCAUAAAUACUUUCAAACUCACGAUUACAUCUUGCAGCAUCAGCUAUUAAAUAUAUUAAAACUUCCUCAAUGACCAUUUGAAUUUGUGCGAUGUUUGAUAGACGCAAAAAUACACCUGGCCCACGAAAUAAUAGAAAUUAAUAGUGACCGACUAGAAAUCACCUCCAGCAUGGAUUUAAUGAAUGCACUCGCGUUACGCUUCAGCUACGUACAUCUAUUCUCACUAGGAAUUCACAAACUUUUGCUCCAUUGCAAAUUCAACCGGAGUUUUUUCCCACAUGAUACUUGAUUUCCAUAAGGAAUUACUUAACCAUAUUUUGCAGUAAUGCUGCUAGAAAAUUCAAAGAUUCUUGAAGAUAGCCAUCCAGGAAUUCCUGGAAAUUAUCAUUUAGAUUUCAUUUCUCAGCGAUUUAAAAAAGAAGAUGUACAAAGUAUUGUUUUUUAUAUAAUUCUGAUUAUAUAAUAUUUCCAAACAAAACUAACUAAUUACAUAGACCAUUUUGGACAAUGAUCUUGUAAAGAGUGACAAGUUGAGAAUUGUCUCCAAUAACUUUCAAUUAAAACACAUAUUAUGCCAAAUAAAUUUCUAUUACUGUACGUGCAGUUGAAACCCGGAAUUUGUGCUAUAUGCUGUGUGCUAUACAGCGCACCACUUCCGAAGUUAGGUCCGUCGCACGGAUUUGGACAAAAAUCCAACUUCGCUAGUCGAAAACUCCGAUUUUCAACUAAAUUGAGAAUAUAGAUCUAUGUUUGUCACCAUGACAGUGAUUUUCAGAUUUUUUCUAAUUUCCAUAUAUAAAGUCAUGAAAAAUUUCUGGGGGGGCCUGGCGGAUUCUGGGGGGGGCCUGGCCCCCCUGGCCCCCCCUCUAGUUACGCCAAUGUCAAUAGAGUGCCAUCAAGAAGGCCUUCAUCGCCACCGGCGAGAAUAAUUUGGUUGAGCUAAGCACCCAGAGAAAGCAGUGGAUCACAGAUGAUACCUGGAGGAAGAUAAAGGCCAAAGCUGCGAUAGAGCGUGCGACGACACGAGGAGCCAAAGCCGUAGCCCGUCAGCGUUAUUCGGCUCUCGAGAAGGAAGUGAAACGCUCAUGUAGACGGGACAAAAGAGCGUGGGCGGACUCCCUAGCCGACGAAGACGAGAAAGCCGCAAACACCGGCCGGCGUCAUCCGUCUCCUCUACGAUGUUUCACGUCGCCUUAGUGGGACUAAGAUGAAUGCUACGAUGCCCGCGAAAGUCACGUCUGGACAGUUACUGACCGACCCGGCUGACCAGUUGAAACGCUGGUUCGAGCACUUUGGAAACCUUUUUCAAGUGUCGGUCACGCCGUCAACACCUUAGCAUGAUCCGCCAAGGGUUCGACGUAUUACCCGUGUCAACACCGAAGCUCUAUCAGUGCAGGAGAUAGAAACAGCCAUCCGUAGCAUGCAAUCGAACAGGGCCCCAGGGGUCGAUCGCAUGUCAGCUGAGAUGCUCAAAGCUGACCCCGUAGUAUCCGCACAACUAUUGCAUCAAUUAUUCUGCAACAUAUGGGAAACCGCGACAUUUCCGGCCGACUGGAUGCAAGGCAUCUUAGUAAAGGUCAGAGCGUUCAUGAUUAACAGAAAUUUUAAUCAUGAUUUAUCAUUGGUGAUUAAAAUUCCAAUUUCGGUGAUUAUUGAUUGCGAUUCAUGAUUAAAUUGAUUUUUGAGAUGAUUAAUGAUAUGAUUAAUGAAAAAAAAUCAUUUUAUCUGUGAUUAUUGAUUUUGAUUAAUGAUUAAAAAUGGCUCGUUGAUUAAAAAUCAUGAUUAAUCAUGAUUAAUCAAUCACAAAAAACUGCAAAUGAUUAAAAUAUAUUUGUUGUUUAAAAUAUUUUUUAAGCUCCAAAAGUAAAUGGAUACUCUGUCUGGGAGAUUUUUGAGAAAAGAAUCAUACAUUAUAUUAUUUAGAGCAGCAUUUGAACCAAUUCAAAUUGAAUCAUAUAUAUCUAUAUGAUGAAUCAUUUUUGGUGAUGAAUGAAUAAUGAUUGAUUAAUUUUUUUUCCUAUGAUUAUGAUUACUGAUUAAUGAUUAAAUUGCGAAAUCAGUGUGAUUAAGAUUAAUGAUUAAUGAAUAAAUGAAAUUUUUUUGUGAUUAUGAUUAAUGAUUUUUGAUUAAUCUUAAUCAUUAAUCAUUAAUCAUGAUUAAAUUUGUGAUUAAUCAUUAACGCUCUGGUAAAGGUACCCAAAAAGGGUGACCUGACUGUAUGCGAUAAUUGGCGGGGCAUCAUGUUACUGUAUAUCGUUCUCAAAGUCCUCUGCAAAGUGAUCCUUAACCGAAUACAGGAGAAGAUUGACGCAACUCUCCGACGGCAGCAGGCAGGCUUCCGUGCCGGACGAUCUUAUGUGGACCAUAUUUUCACACUUCGUAUCAUCCUGGAGUAAAUCAAUGAAUUCCUAGAGUCUCUCUACCUGGUGUUCAUUGAUUACGAAAAAGCUUUUUAUUUAUUACAUCAUCUUCGAUUAUCUCGCACAGACUGAAUUUCUUAUACUAAAAUUAAUCUAGUUCUCUUAUCCUACUAUUAAAAACACAUUUUGAUACAUUAAAAUCAAAUAGCUCAGCAACAUCAUUGAAGGAGCAAAGACACAUAAAAAAUGGAUUGUUAUUUCCUUAGUUGGCGCGGUGAAACGGAAUGACCAGGAAGGGUGAAUGACGGAAUCGUCUGGGAGAAACGUGAAUCGGAAUCUGUUCAAGUAGUUCCGAACAGUCGAUAUUCCCUGUGAGCAGAUCGUAAAUGAGCAUCCUCUGUUGAUUCGUGCGCCUAAUGGAUAGCGAUUCCAACUUGAUUAGUUGACAACGAUCCGUCUCAAUCACGGAAACAUGUGGGAAGCCCUCAGGCGCAAGGGUCUCCCUGAGAAAAUCAUCGGCCUCCUUGUCGACCUCAUUGAAGCACAGUACAGGGCAUUUUCGUGCAGAGUACUGCACAACGGUGACAACGGUGUUUUGUCAAGGCGAUUGCUGGCAAUCGCCCAGGAUGGAAAUCUUUCGUGCCUGCCACACGAUAUACACAUGCAAAAUGGUCAUUGGCAGAGGAAGCUCUCAGUUAAAAACUGUGGAAGUGCUCAUAGAACACUAAGCUGAGAAGCAGGCUUUGUCCCAAUGAGGACGUUACUCCAAGAAGAGGAGAGGAGGAAAUCUUUCAAUUCGGCCCUCUGCACCACCGUGGGUGCCCAGGACUGAAAGUAGUAAAGUAUUGUAGCUGAUAUUGUCGGCUGCGUCCUUUUCGGGUUACCAGCAAACAUAAAGAGUGGAAAUAAACAACACAAACACUUUCCUGAAUUGUAUAUAACAAACUGACGAAUACUACUCUAGACCGCGACAAACUCUCACAAACCUGCUGAGGGGGUACUACGAAUCGACUUCAACUUGAACAUCUAUUUCGUUUGUCGGACUUUCCUUCCGUAAGCAGAUCGCGUAGUCUGCAGAUUGCCGCCGGUUACAUUUUCAUUUCAGAUACAGACGGGACGGAUCAACGCCUCAAGCUGCUGAUCUAGCCAAUAAUGGCAGCUUUCGAAGUGGACCCAAAGGCCUUUUUCGACGCCCAGGUCCCAGGGCGUAUUGGAUGGGGGAACUUUCGUUGUGGUGAACCUAAGAUAAAUAUUCAAUUUACCUGAACAUUGGAUCGGGUCGGGUUGACUGAAAUGGCGCAUAACGGGUUGGUCACUCGGGCUCGCCGCCCGAGGUAGAAGGGUUCCAUCGGUAGCUCAGGUUGGCGGUGACCCUAUGGACCCUAAGGGACCCCUUGAAUGGUGGGCUCAGGGCGUUCUGAAGUGCACAGCGCUUGGCCCUGAAAUUUCUUAUGGCGGGACGGCUGGUUCACCAGUAGUGUGGAUGCUUACCGCGCCGCAAAACAUACGGCGGUGACAUGGAGCUUUCAGGGGCAUUGAGCCUCACGGCUCAGCCUGGGGCCACGAAACAAGGCUUGUGCUGGCGCUUCAAAGCAUAAUAACGCAUCCACCGGCAGCUCAGCGGAUUUCGGUGGCGAAACGGACCUUUUGGUGACGGAGCAGGAACUCGACUAGUCAUAAGGCAGACCUUCUGGCGAUACAGUAGGUAUUCCUGCAUUAUCCCGAGGACGAAUAGGUCAUCUGAGCGGCGUAGCGGCCUUACCGGGGUUGAAGCAGUUCUUACGGCGGCAAAGCCUUUCAUUUUAUGUUAUUGACCUUUUCAUGGAGUCACCGGCUUACAGGUGACCAAGCAAUCCCUCUAGCUGUAAGGCACGCCGAAAAGAUUUUGGCUAGCGCUUGAACAUUUUCAAGAACAAUCGUUGGUGAACAAAGGCUCCAACGGAAGUCGUUUUCUCCAAGGGACCACACAGACCACUCUGGACAGGUUCCAACACAACUAAUGCUCUGACUGCUAAUGUCCUGCUUCUGCAGUGACCUUACCCUUCUCGUUGGCAAUAUAAGGCGUGAUGUCCCGGCUGAUUACACCGGAAACACUUCAUGUUGCUCUUUUUCGGUUUCGAUGGCAUUUACUACUCAAGUAAUCAUUAGUUCUGAGUUCAUCAAUCUUAGUUGGUCAUAGAACGCUCGUCAAGACUCUAGCUUCCAAUAAAGUCGUCAGGACACUUCACGUCCUGCAGAAUACUCACAUAUGUCAUACCCGUUCGCAUAUGGUUCCCAGAAACCUCCAAGCCUAUGAUCAUUGAGCUCGUACCUACUGCUUCGUCAACCCCAUCAGCAGCAUGCUCGACAUCUACCGACCGUUUAUCUUGAAGCCAACCUGUUUAUGCCUACUGAAUAUCAGCUCUACACACACCUGAGAGAAUAGAAACCUCAGGUAGUGUGGGACUGUGACUUCCUCCGGCACCUACGAAAUAGCAAAGACUACUUACCCGACCUUACCCUCAAACGUACUCAUUGCCGCCAAGCUCAUCUUCUCUCACGGACCACCAGAAGGUAUUGCUUCGGAGAGGGGCUAUUUGGCUAAUGCUAUGCGCACCCUCGAGGUUAGUCUUGCAGCUACGGACUUCGUGACUCGCUUUUGCAGAGGCCACAACGGUAUGGCGCAGGCGUAUUGCCCGCUUCCUAAGUGGCCUCACCACUUCUGAGGACAUGAGAAAGCGGAAAAAGGGUCGUCAUCACGCCUGGAUUAUCGCUGCACUGACAACAUCAAGUGCGCUGACAGUACUUACCUACUACGUGUACCACAAUUUGGCUUCCCUGUGAGUGUGGCCCUAUCUGCCUACACUGCUGCAGGAUCUACCUCUGUCUAUCUUGAACUGAUCCGGGAAUUCUAUUUCAUACAAAGGGCUUGGAUCCAACCUAAGUAGUAGACAACCGCCACGACAACGCUAUACCAGGGAAUCUUCGACGGGCCUCUAUAGCCACAGCUGCAAAGGCGAGGAGGUAUUCAGCAUUAUCGUGUUGAGGGUGACGAGAUCGAUUCCCGGUCGAUCCAGGAACUUUUUUCUAUAGAAAUUUCCUUGACUUCCUUGAGCAUAGAGUAUCUUCGUGGCUCCCACACGAUAUAUACAUGCAAAAAUGAUCAUUGACAGAGGAAGCUGGCAGUUACUUAAUACCGUGGAGGCACCAAACUUUGAGCAGUGUCAAACAUCGCGCAUUUGGGUGAUUACCACUUCUUUAAAGCCAUUUUUUCUAUAUUUAUAUUUUCCCCACAUACCCACAAUCACUAGCUAGUAUUCGUGAAAAAAAUUUUCCAUUAUGCAUCAGCACUAUUGUUUAAUGCUGUUUUGAAAAGUGCGCAAAGUAUGGUGCAUUACGGUAGCUGUGGAGGUUCUCAUAGAACACUAAGCUAAGAAGCAGACUUUGUCCUAGUGAGUAGGUCCAAGACGAAGAAGGAAGAUUCCACGCGGUCAACUGUCCGGUAGAAGGAUUGAGUCCGAUCGCAGGUUACCGGUAUGACCUGCGAAGCCGACUUCCGACUUUGUUUCACUGGAAAUCAUGUUCUACAGCAGAUCAAGAUAGAUGUGUUUUACUGCUCCGGUACUACAAUACUAUUCAAUCGAGACCGGUGAAUCUUGGAGAUUAUUUCAACAGUCGGGCAUUUUUUAAGGAAAGAUAGAUAAGUCAUUUGUGAAGUUUAACGGCACUAACUACGAUAACUGGAGUCUUCGGCUAAAGUUAUUUACUUUUAUUGAAGGAAGGAAUUUGGGCAGCAGUGAAUUUAUCCCAAACCAGAUCCCGCAGCUGCUGCCUGGAAAUUGAAGAAAGAACUAUCUCUAGUGACAAUUGAACUGACCUUGGAUGACACCCAGUUGGUCCACAUUGGUAAGGCUACAUCCGCUGCCGAAGCUUGGAAUACCAUGGCGAUGUUCCAAGCUUCAGCACGGAAAAUCAGCAACAGAACAAUACGAAUCAAUACGAAACAGAACUUGCAAUUGGAAAGUCAGCACGUGGAACUGCGUAGCUCUCAACUUCACGGGGAGCACCCGCAUACUCGGCGGUUCACUGAAGGACCGUGGGUUCUGCGUUGUCGAGAUGUAGAUGUUGAAUAGGAUCCAUGAUAAGAACGUUCAGCGGUUCAGAUCUGCAACAACACACGCAAGCUGGGAACAACUUUUACGUGCUUGUUUAGGAGAGCUACUAAGAAAAACAGAAAAGCUAUGCACGCUAAUAAAAUUCUACCAUUAAAGUGCACAGCGAUAUCGGAGAAGAAGAACGCAGCAUGGGCGGUAAUGCUGCAGCAAAGAAACCGGCAGAACGGGAAGCUCCUGACGGAAGGACGUAAGAUGAUUGAAAGGUAGCACUUUUCAAUUUAAAUGUUAUGUUGAACCAAUAAAUGUAUGUUUUUGUGUAUUCUGUCAUUUUUUUAAUACGAUUUCGAAUAAAAGCUGUAGCGACUAUACGACGAAUCUUUCAUUCCACUGGUCACUGUAAGCAGGCGUCAGUUACGCAAAUUUUUCAUUCAGAUACGGCAACAUAACGAUUCAUUCUUCAAAAAUGUAAGCUUCGAAUUCAGAAAACUAGUACGAUUAGUAAACCUCGAUUAAUUACGUCGGUGCAACUUCUGAGCCGCAUAGGUCUUGUAAUUUUCCUUCCUACUGGCAUGAUCUAAUCUUAAUUAUCUAGGAUGUAGACAUCGGAAACCAAACAUCAUGGGGUCAGUUUAAUCCGGGUGUAGAUUGUCUUUUUGCCGUUACCAGAUGAGAACAGAGAUCAAGAUUGAUGCUUUUUAUAUAUAGUUUAUAUAUGUACAUGUAGAUAGGUUUUGCUGAUUCCAAAAAUGAAAACAGUAGAUACAAAUGAGAUUGGGCCGUCCCUUGACAAAACAUAGAACAACAAACAUAUAAGAACCACCAUUUUUCUUAUUGUAGUAGAUAUCGAGCUUGAAUCAAAAUAAGAGGUUUUAUUUUUCUCUCCUUAAACAGCAGUUUUUCCGAAAAUUACAAAAUGUCUUUAGUUUGGACGCAAACAUAUCAGUAUGUUCCGUUUAUUGUUUCGGUUGUCAAAACACUACUAAUUCCUAAAAACCUACAAUUCUAGCAUGUCUCUGUUAGUAAAUCGGAUUGAAGUGUAAUAACGAAGCAUCUCAAUGAGGCGAUAUAUAGAAACUAGCUAUCUAGAAAUCAAACAAUAAAUCACACUAGCUUUGCCUAACCAUGAACCAAAUAUACAUAACUGUUGUUCGUGCAUUACACAAAUAUCGCUAAUGACGAAUUGACGCUUCACUGUUUUCUUUAAACGCAUACAUGUGAUCGUAGAAGUGUACCUUUUUUGAUGAACCCUUAACCGUCUAAAUGUCCUUCCCCUUAAGUGUUUUGAUUUGUCCUUGUACAAAACAAGAGAACAAAAUAAGCUUACAAAUUGAAAAGCAACAUAACCUUGAAAAAUGAAUGACUUAAAAAUCGGAGAACCGAAAGCAUAUGCUGAGAAUAGAAGGAACGUACUUUUGUAAUUUAAAUUAUUAAUAUCGAACAAAAAAGGCAUAAGUAAGCAUGAAAGAGACGGUAAAAGUCGAAACAGUUGUCCCUCACCUAGGAGAAAUAAAAACAUUACAAAAAUCCCUAACAAAAAUGCACUUUUUAUGCGCCACUCACCCGCCCGCCAUAGGAUCAAUGAAAAACAAAAAAAAAGUAAUACUCUUUAAAAAGUAGUCGAAAGACAUAGUUUAUCAAUUAUUUAACCGAUAACACAGAAAACAGAAAGAAAGAAAAACAACAAAAAACAAACACUAAGCUAAGCAAAACAGCCGUAGUCAGCUGAAGCCGUGCAAAGCAAACCAAAUAUUUACAACUACUCUUGAGAUUUGCUAGGCGGAACAUUAGUAGCCAGAAAAAGUAACGGAGGAGACAUAAGUUCCGCGGUGACCGCGUACGGUCCGGCUUCUUUGGAAACACUUUGCAGAAGAAAAAAAAACAAAAAAGCAUAAAACGCCACGUAUUAAAUGGAGCAAUCGGAGAUUGACACCGGCUGUAGGAGUUGAAAUAUAGUUGCUGAGAAGUAGAAAACCACCAGCUGGUAUAACCGGAGGGGAUCGUGGAAAAUGUGUGUGUAGGGUGAAACAAGAAUAAAUAAAACAAAACAAAAAUACUUGCUGGAAUGGAAAUGACUAUACGGGACAAACAUAGAACAGCUCUGUAAUGUAAUUAUGGCUAAACAAACCUAAACAACACCUACUAUGGGAAAUGUAUAUUUAUUCUAACAAACAAAAACAAAUAUAUAAAAUUUUGUGAUGUAACAUUCUCAA